AUGCCUAUUUCAUCGCUGCUCAAGAAUGCAUUGACUCCUGAUGAGCAGCGGCUAAUACCUGUGGUAUUGGUAAGCAAGAUGGACGAAGAGAUGUGCCUGUAUGAGGCUGAGUGCUUGAAGAAGACAAUCGACUUUGAGAAGAAGAUUGAUAGAUGUGAAGAGGUGAUUGCGGAGAUGGCAAGGAGGAAUGCAAAGUAUGAGAUGGAGCUUGCGGAGGCGAAGAGACUGCUGAGCACGGCUGAAAUGCAAAGUGAGAUGUGUUUUCAAGAAAAUAGGUGUUUAAAGGAUGAGAUUCACGGCUACAAGGAUAGGAUUGGAGGCGGUAAUGAAUGCUUUGCAAAAGCAAAUGGAAUGGAAAGUGAAGUGGAGAAGCUAGCAAAAGAGUUUGAGGAGCGAACAGAAGAGAUGAAUAGGAAAAGUGCAGAGCUUGAAAGGAGCAAUAAACGGCUUGCAGAUAGGAUUUUAGAGCAAAAUAAGCAAAUGAAGUAUUUAGUAAGCAGCUCAGGGGUACCUGGGGCAAGUAGAGAUAAUCUAGAAUUAAUAAAGCUAGUUCAGAAGCUGACCAAGAGGAACGAGGAGUUGGAGAGAUGGAGUGAAAUGUCUACAGACCGAUCUAGAGUGCAUGAAGGAGUAGAUAUGAAAGAUGAAUAUAGAAUGGUUUGUGAGAAGCUCAGCGAGAUGAACAGACAGGGGUGUAUGCUUGAGAUUGAAUACAACAAGGUAUUUAGAGAAAAGGGAGAGAUUGAGUCACGAAUUGCCUUUGAAAUAAAUGAGAAGAAGAUGAUGCAAAGACAUAUGGAGGAGAUGAAGGAGGAGAUGAUGUGCUUGAGGAUUGAACUAGGGAAUGCGAAGGCAAAGAAUGUGAUACUAGGAGAUGCAUCUUUGAAGCUGGGCGAAAUGAACAGUGAGAUAGUUCGAUGCAACCUGAUAAUGAAGGAAGAUAGGAAUCGUAUCAGGGAGUUGAAGAUGCAGGUAGCAGAGUGUGAGGAGCGAUACAACAAGUAUAUUUUGGAGGAGAGAACGACGGUAACAGCGAUUAUUGGACGAGAGAUAGAGGGGAUGAAGAAAGGCCUUGCCGAGUAUUCUGGACUAUUAUAUGGGGUUGAGUUAGAGCUUAAGAAUGCGGUUGAUGAGCAAGCUAGGCUGAAGAAGAUGAUUUUUUUACAGGAUGAGGAAGUUUCUGAAGCCAAGAAGAUUGUGGAGGGGUAUAUUGAUAGAGAAAGAAGGCUUGAUUGGAUGAUAGAGAUGCACAAGAAGAAUGAGAGUAAAAUGAGAGAGGCUGUUUUAGCGAUUGGCGAGGAUGUUAGAAGUGUAAUGGAGUGUGUUAAGGAUGUGCUGGCUGAUGUGUCUGAUAUAUGCUGUGAUAUAAUGUGCAGGAUUAUGAAAGGAGAGGAGAUGAAGAAAGGGAAGAUCAAGAAAAUGAUUGAUGAAGCAGAAAUGGUCGAGAAGGAACUGAUUGAAAAGGAAGCAAGCUUGUAUUCGUUGAUAGAGGGGCGUGGUGAUGAUGCGAUUGGAUUUCUUGGCAAAGAAAGAAAUAUUCUGAAGCAAGAGAAUGUGUUUUUGAGGAAUAAGGUUGAAGGGCUUGAAGAUACGUUUGAUCUUAUGGAGAAGGUGGUGGUACUAGAGAAGGAGAAUGAGGGAAUGAGAAUGCAGAUUGAGUCAAUGAGAAAUCAAGAGGCGAAUGAAGGAGUAGCCGUAGCGAUGUACAGGAUGGAACAGAACAAUUUUAUAUUGAAGGCAGAGCUAGACAAAACCAAUGAAGAGCUCAAGCACAGUAGUGAUGCAAUAGGGAAGUACAAGGUUGUUGUUGAGAAGCUAAAGAAGAUCAAGGAUGCAUAUAUCAAGCUCAAGGCGGAGAGUUCUGAAAAGAAGCAUGCAGAUGAAUGUAUAAAUGGAAUGCAUGAGCAUAGUGGAGCCGAAAAAUUGAGUGGAGUUGCAAAUCGAAAAGAAAUAUAUUUUGGAGAGGGAUGUGUGAGUGAAUGCAAAGAAGCAGGUAUUGAAAGCAAGGCCGAUGAGGCAAUCACUGAUCAUCAUAAUUUAGGUCAUGAAGCAGCUGCGGAAAAGGAAUUGCCUCAUGUAAGAGGCAGAAGGCCUGAAAGGACUAAUCAUGGGGACGAACCAAAGCACGGCCAUUAUAGACGAUCUUAUGCAGAUAAGAAAAGAGGAUGGAAUACAUCAAAUGAAUUUAAGAAAGCUAGAGAUAAGAGAAAUUAA